UCCUCAUGCAAAAGAGAAAAGGGAAAGCACCCGCCAGCACUGGACAAAAGGAUAAACUGGGGGAUUUACGCCACUGAUUACAGUCCAGCUCAAGGCUCAGUUAGUAACUAGAAUCUUUUAAGAAAUCAUACAGUUUGUACUUACCUGGAACAUGAGACGAGAUGUCAAUCCUUGAAGAGCGCUUCUGUUGUGAAACUCUAUGCAGCACUCUGCACAUGGCCCAGGGUAUUUUGGGUCCCAAGGAUGAAGGGGGCUCUCGGACAUCGCUGGUGUCAGAGGCCUCUGAGCUGCCUCCAGUGUUGUUGUUUCGUCCAGAUGUAGAAAAUAGCUAUGGCCAGUUGCCGACUCUUUCCAAGUUAUUGUCUGACCACCAUCAGCAGGAGUUGGGAGGUUGUGUGCAAGGUCCACGACUGGAUUCCAAAGCCCUGAAAUACAUGAAGAGGCUUUAUAAAAUGUCUACUACCAAAGAAGGAUUCCCGAAGAUAAACCAUCUCUAUAACACAGUCCGGCUCUUAACUCCAUGUGCUGAAGGCAAGCACCUCACCAUGGGACAAACAAAAGGAGACCUUCGUUCACCAGACUUCCUCUUCAGCUUGGACCAUGUUACUGCUUUGGAGCACUUAGUCAAGUCAGUCUUACUCUACUCAUUUGAUAAACCAUUUUCUAAAUCAUGGGCUGUUACGUGUACAGGAAGUCUAGUUGUAAAGACAGAUGGUGCCUCUGGUCAUGCACACCCCAAUAUUGAACAUGCCAUGACUUUCCAUUUUGAACUUGGACGCAAACGGGCUGAGAUUGAUGUGACCUCUUUUAUCUGGCCUCUGAUAGCCUCUAACAAUAGAAGCGUUUACAUGGCUGUAAAUAUUGUGUGCCCGAAUGACCAGCCCUCCAACUCCAAACAGGAUCCCUCUAAUAUGACACGGGCAUCACUUUCUCUCCUCCUGUACCUCAAUGACACCAGUGAGCAAGCUUACCGCACAUGGGAUUUUCUCAAGCACAGGAGAAGGAACUCCAUGAGAGCCAGGCUGGAAAGGGGUCCUUUUGCAGGUCUUGGAGGAGAGGCAGGAAAAAACCUCAAACAGAGCGCAGGAAAGCCUCGUCACCGAAGAGAUGGAAAUGGGCAAGAGGAAAACAUAUCAGUUUCCAUAGACAACUUACGUAAGUACUACGAACAGUUUCUUUUCCCACAAAAUGAAUGUAAGCUUCACGACUUCAGGCUGCAAUUCAGCCAGCUGGGCUGGGAUAGUUGGAUAAUUGCACCACACAGAUACAAUCCUCGCUAUUGCAAAGGUGACUGUCCAAGAGUUCUUAGGCAUCGCUACGGCUCUCCUGUACACUCGAUGGUACAGAACCUCAUACAUGAACAAAUAAACCCCUCUGUCCCCAAGCCCUCCUGCAUUCCUGCUGAAUACAGCCCCCUGAGUGUCUUGAAGGUAGAGCCUGAUGGAUCAAUUGUGUACAAAGAAUAUGCGGAUAUGAUUGCUACCAAGUGCACUUGCCGAUAAAGCCAGUCCUCCUGAUUUAUUAAUAAUUCCAAUAUGGUAUUUUCCCUUAACGGUAGAAGGAAAGUAGCCUGUUGGAUAAAAAAAGAAA